AUGAGGAGUCAACAACGAGGACCUGCUGCUGCUGCUCAGCUAAAAAGCGCCCGAGCAGUAGACGGAGGGGAAGCAGGGCCGGAUCCUCUACUGCGUUCUUCUGUGCCGGCGGAGGAGGUGAAGAAGCACGAAAAAAUGAACACCAAGAAGGACGACGUGAAGAACGUGAAGAUGGGCAAGAAGAAUCUCGCGGCCUUUGCGUUUCUCGGCAAGAUAUCACAGGAAGAGAGAACGGCUUCACUGUGAUCACCUGUUGUUCUUGUUCGCUGCAUGACUGGCAUGACAGAUUCGCUCAUGAAGUUCUACUACAUGGGGACGACAACAAGAAAGAUGAAAAUAAUCUGGGGUGCGUGCUGGCAGCUUUGUCGUGAGGGAUGAAACGAACGCAAAAAGUAGUAAAUGCUAGAGAUGAAUUUUUAAGAUUCACUGUCUUGCAUUUUCCCUAGGAGUAGGAACGCAGCCGCUUCAGUAUUUUUGCAUCGAUUCAUCUUCGCAUGAUCAGGUCACAGUGAAACAGUAGUUUUGUCCCGCGAUACAAGAACCUGUUGCACUGCUGUGCGGGCGGAGGAGGUACGACCAUCCUUUAUUUUUCUCUUGGAAUCCUUGUCUGGUAUCCAUAAAUGUAGUCCUCGUCCUUGUAAGAAGAAGAAGUCCUCACGGGACGAUGUUGAUAUAGGGGGGCUGCUCUUGGUGAAUCCGGGUCCGGCCCCCCGUGGUAACAUUUUAGAAGUAGACUCGAAGCUGCAAUUUUUUGCCGCGAAACUACUGGCGGUGGCGUGGCCGAAACACCAACCGCAGUUGAAUGAUGAUAAGAUACAGAUAAGUCGAAGUCCAUCCCGAAAAAAACAAAAAAGAAUUGCUGCGCUACUGUGCGGGCGGAGGAAGUGGAGCAGCUGCGGUGGGGGUUUUCUGGCUGGGCCUCUUCGACGCGGCCCCGUACACGUUGUACCCGGUCGAGGCCGUUUAUGAAAGCGUCAGGCUCGAAAUCAAAAAAGUUGAAAUAUCUUGCUAUGCAUAAAUAAAUGCGAGGCGCAAAAAAAUGCCUCGAUGAUGGCAAGUGAGGCCACUUCAAGGCCUGUUUAGAAGUUUGGCGAAGAUAGAUCUCCUGCAAUGAAGGAGCAGCACGACAAAAGCAGGGUUCGUUCUCUGCGCGAAGAAGUACCAGCGUGACAAAUUUGGGCGGUGGAGGGUGUUUCGAAAUAAAUUCGCCCCGCGCCGCUUGCUAGAAAUUGGGGGUCCAAGUGGUUCUCGAGCCGAUGUUGAAUAUGAAUUGCAAAUAGCCAACAUUUCGACUCUAAUGCUGAUUUAAUCGAGCCUGACACCCUGAUACCAUCCGGGACCGCAACAAGAACUCACGCCGCGCCCGUCGCGCGGCCGCUCACUCCGGUGGGGGGCCCUUCGGCUCUUUCGACGAUGACGACGACAAAAAAUUUUUGGAGGGCCUGGAAGCCACGCUACGCAUCGCGAAUAUGUAGUCUUCUGGGUGUGGAAGUAGAUUUUUGCCAGGUUCUUUGCCAUGCAGGUCUACUCGCGGCAAGGCCGCCCAGUGUUGGUUUGGAUAUUUUUAUUGGCAUGCAGGCUGUAGAAGGCACGGCGCAUCACGAGUUUCCUUAUUGAGACGGACGCUGCUCUUGCAUGAGAACAUCAGAUGUUGUCGCUUGCGGUGAAUAACAUGUUAUUUUUGCGUAAGUUGGUCCCUACGCUGGUCAUGCGAUAAGUACAGAUCAUCCCACGUCGUCGGAGAGGCGACCACACUGCCCCCUUCUAGUCGUGUGCCAGUUCGCGAACAGAUGUAAACCCGCGUCUGUCUAUCGAGGAUUGGGGUAAGAGGCAAUGCCAAUCACCACCUAUCUAAAGCUAACUAGCAUCACAAACUCAAACUCGGUCUCUACUUCCAGUAGACCUCCCAGAGGACAGUUUUACGAUGCAUACACGCCGGGGCUGGACGAUCUGUGGAUGCCCGCCGGGUUUUCCACCACCCGCUCAUCCUCGUCCCGCCGCAAUAUGCAAGAACAAAUUUUUCCCGUACAUCAGCUACAAGUAGUACAACAUCAUGCGUCACAAAUUAUUUAUGAGCAGCGAGCCCGCUACUACUUAAGUUGUGAAGAUUCAUCUGAAUAGGGUUGAAGAAAAGUUUGCCUUGCGGAAGCCACUGCGGUAUUGGCACGAACUCCUACUCAUGUGUACUACUUGUAGUACGGGAAGUUAUUUACUGUGGAUACGCAAAGGCAAACCGAAAAAGCGGAAGCAGCCCGCGCCUGCAGCUCCGGCACAGCCCGUUCCCGGGCCUGCUCCGGCAGCUUUUCUGGAAACGUCGCCGGAUGCUGUCGAGUCGUCCUCCGUUGCUGUUGUCGUGCCAACACUAUGCAUUGCAAAUAUCUGGCUCGUGGUCUGAAAAAUUUAUUUUGCCGCUAUUUCUCAGGCUGGUCUGACAUGAUCAUGACUGUUCCGUAUUAGCGAAAAGUUUGUGGAGGUACAUGGUGUACCUCAACUCGUUUUUUUGCCUUGUUGUGUUGUCUUCCUCGAGCGACAUCGCAACUUUUCAUGCUAAUCAGAAAAUCACAAAAUACGCUUCUGUACCAGCAUCUGACGCACACUUCUCAACAUCGUGUGCGUCUGUGCAUUUUUACAGUGCGGCCUCCGACUAACCAGACCUAGACCGAUGUUUGCAUUUGAGAGUCACCAGCAGCAGCACCUCCUUCCGGCGACUCCGCCGCAACAGCUGCUGCACGACCGCUCCCGGAGGUGGUGGAAGAAAACGAAGGUCAUGUUCCUGCGGGUGGUGGUUCCACAGCUUCUUUCGAUGACCUGUUGCACCUGCCCGUCAAGGAUCCUGCUGGUGCUGGGGCGAGCAUGCACGCGUUUCUCCGCGUAUACACUGCAAACAUGCCAGCACAGCCUCUGUUACAAGUAAGUUAAAGUUAUAUUAAUUUAUAUAUGUGAAUGAUGUGCAUGCUUCUAGUAUAAUUUUUUAUGCAGCUUUCUGUUUAUUUAUAUUCCCCAGGCCUCGCAAAGUCUGGAAUGGAGGGCUCCUUGGCGUCGCAGGUUCUUAAAGGCAUCGGCAUCGGGGGCAAUGUGUAUUGUGCAUGAGAGAUCCCCCCUCAGCAUGGCCAAAACAGGGGGGCAGCUAAUUAUUUUGUAUUAACUCGUCACGCAAGUAGAUGACAGAAUUUUGUGUGACCGGCCGCCGCAGGACGCAUCACAAGUUCGCACUGUUGCAGGAGGCCUAGACAUGUUUGUAAUGCAUACCGCGCUAUCGGAGACGACGUGAACAGCGACAGCAGCAGCCUCCAGCUCCCACCGUAUGAAAGUGCACAACUAUUCCCCCUCGUCCCGCCCCUCACUUGCCAUGCAAAAAUGGCAAUGCCACUUGUUCGGUACUGUUUGCAUGACUUCGGUACUGUUUGCAUGACAGAUUUUUCUAGCAGCAGGUGGAGCAGUCCUGCAGACUGUAUUGCAUCUGCAGUAACAGUCCCGCAUAAUUUUAUAUUAAAGAAACUUGUGAUGCUGACGCUGCACCCUUCCCGACGCUUCUGUUGCUGCUCCUGAGUUUUUCACAAACGAGAAGCGGAGGCGGGAGGAUUCGAUUGUGCACUCUGAUAGCUGCACUCCGAGCGCCGGCUCUUCGACCUUGACCAGCAGCAGCCACCAGCCCGGCGAUGCUGCGGCCAGUGGUGGCCACGACCGCGCGGACCUGGUGCAGCGGCCACGUGCUUUGUCCUCUGGCGAUGCCCGACGAGCUCGCGGCCCCGACUCUCUUCUGCAGUGCGUAUGGAAUUCUCAAACCUUACAUUCUCAACUGUUACAACACGGAUUUGUGGCGCAGGAACAGAAACAGUGAAAGGGGCAAGGGCAAGCUUGCACCUUUCGCAUUACAAAUUUGGCACGGAUUUCGAUGCUCUUCAGCCCUUCGAGAAUUUGCCAUGCGAACUAGCUUGGUCGUGGUGUCGUGUCUGAGUCUGGUGGCAAUUUUGCAUGUAGUACUUCUAACAGUUGAGAAUGUAAUAUUUGCGAAUCCCAUAGUGCGACUCUUGUGGACCGAACGAUCAACCGCAACACGUUCUUGUCUAUCGAAUGCAAAUUAAUGCUUUUGGGUCUGGAUGGAAGACCGCAAUACAAUUGUCAUGCUCGGCUAGCAUGUGUCUCCAUUCUGUCCUGCGCGUUGACGCUACCCAAUGCCCGCACGUGAAACGCAGUUGGUCAUGCAGACUAUACGCAAGCAACACGUACGUAGGCGUAGCGGUAGCAAGAACUCAGAACCUUCUUUGAUUCUUGCGGCGUCCUCAUGAUUCGCCAACCAGCGUCGCGCGUUCUUCUAUCUUUAUUCUACACACCCAGACAUAUUUGCAGUUGAUGCUCUCGAACGAAGUACAACCACAACCGAACAUGUUAUGCACCAUCCUUUGGAGAGUCCAACCAU